AUAAUAAUUUUAAAAAAAACUUGCAUACAUGUUUCCCUUUCCUUCUGUUAUGCCUUCAAAAUAAAGGGAGUAAAAAAAAGUGGGAUCUGGGAAGCGGAUAAAGCCUGGAGUAUUUAAUAGGAAUAUCGGGAUUGGAGCAGUGAGUGACGUUAUCUGCUGUGGCGAGAGGGAGGCAGAAAGCUAGCCAACAGGACUCCAUUAAGUAGAGCCGGGAGGAAACAGUUUGGUAGACUGUGUUUAGUGGGACGUGUUGUGUUUCUCAAAAGUCAAUUCAAGAAAAAAAAAAAUCGUGAAAAAACAAGAACUUUUGGGGUUUUAACCAUUUGCCGUUUUGGGACUGUUGCAUUUGUGAAGGAUGGCGCUGGACGGUAUUCGGAUGCCCGAUGGCUGCUAUGCAGACGGGACCUGGGAGUUGAGAAUGCACGUGACUGAUCUCCACCGGGACGUGUCGCUGAGGGUCACGGGCGAGGUGCACAUUGGAGGGGUGAUGCUCAAACUCGUCGAGAAGCUUGAUGUGAAGAGGGACUGGUCAGACCACGCUCUGUGGUGGGAGAAGAAGAAGACCUGGCUGCUCAAGACUCACUGGACCCUGGAUAAGUACGGGAUCCAGGCCGACGCUCGGCUGCUCUUCACCCCUCAGCACAAGCUGCUGCGGCUCCAGCUGCCAAACAUGAAGCACAUGAAGGUCAAGGUGAACUUCUCCGACCGCGUCUUCAAGGCCGUCUCAGACAUCGCAAAGACCUUCAAUAUCAGGCACCCUGAGGAGCUGUCUCUGCUGCGCAAACCCCAGGACCCCAAAAAGAAGAAAAAAAAGCUGGAGGAGGCAGAGGAGGAUGCGCUGGAGUUAGAGGGGCCGCUCCUCACCCCCGGAUCAGACUCCGAUGUUAUUUUCAUCGGCCCAGUCAAAGGCAGUAUAUACUCAAGUCCUGGCCUCUACAGUAAGACUAUGACCCCCACCUAUGACUCUCGCGACGGCAGUCCGCUGUCCCCCACCUCUGCCUGGUUUGGAGACAGCCCUCUGUCGGAGGGAAAUCCCAGCAUCCUCGCUGUCAGCCAACCAAUCUCCUCGCCUGAUGUCCUGUCCAAGCUCUACAAGCCACAGAGCCUGCUGGACAAGGCCAAGAUCAACCAAGGGUGGUUUGACUCCUCCCGAUCUCUGAUGGAACAAGAUGUGAAAGAGAACGAGGUGCUGCUGCUGAGAUUCAAAUACCACAGUUUCUUCGACCUUAACCCAAAGUAUGACGCUAUCCGUGUGAAUCAGCUCUAUGAACAGGCGAAGUGGGCCAUCCUGCUGGAGGAGAUAGAGUGCACUGAGGAGGAGAUGAUGAUGUUUGCAGCUCUGCAGUACCACAUCAACAAGCUGUCCAUCAUGUCCUCGGUCAACCACAUGAACAACAGUGACAAGGAGGUGGACGAGGUGGAUGCAGCGCUGUCUGACCUGGAGAUCACGCUGGAGGGGGGCAAGACUUCCAGCAUACUGGGUGAUAUCACUUCUAUUCCGGAACUUGCAGACUACGUUAAAGUUUUCAAGCCGAAGAAGCUAACCCUUAAAGGCUACAAACAGUACUGGUGCACGUUUAAAGACAUUACCAUCUCCUGUUACAAGAGCAAAGAGGAAGCUCAUGGGACUCCAGCCUACCAGAUGAAUCUCAGAGGUUGUGAGGUGACUCCAGAUGUCAACAUCUCGGGUCAGAAGUUCAACAUCAAGCUGCUGAUCCCUGUGGCUGAUGGCAUGAAUGAGAUCUGGCUGCGCUGUGACACUGAGAAACAAUAUGCCAACUGGAUGGCGGCAUGCCGGCUGGCCUCCAAAGGCAAGACGAUGGCAGACAGCUCAUACAACCUGGAGGUGCAGAACAUCCUGUCCUUCCUCAAGAUGCAGCACAUGAAUCCUGACCCCCAGCUCAUCGCUGAGCCCAUCAGCACUGACAUCAACCCCGAGUGCCUGGUCUCUCCACGCUAUCUCAAGAAGUACAAGAAUAAGCAGCCAGGCUAUAUAAGGGACUUGAUCACGGCUCGGAUCCUCGAAGCUCACCAGAACGUGGCCCAGAUGAGUCUGAUCGAAGCCAAGAUGAGAUUCAUCCAGGCCUGGCAGUCUCUGCCUGAGUUUGGAAUGACACACUUCCUUGCAAAGUUCCAGGGAGGGAAGAGGGAGGAGCUGAUCGGCAUCACCUACAACAGGCUGAUCCGCAUGGACGCCCACACUGGAGAUGCGAUCAAGACCUGGAGAUUCAGCAACAUGAAGCAGUGGAACGUCAACUGGGAGAUCAAAAUGGUGACAGUGGAGUUUGCAGAUGAGCCGAGCCUUGCUUUCAUCUGCACGGAGGUGGACUGCAAGGUUGUGCACGAGUUCAUUGGAGGAUACAUCUUCCUGUCGACGCGUGCCAAGGACCAGAAUGAGAGCCUUGACGAGGAGAUGUUCUACAAGCUGACCAGUGGCUGGGUUUGAUUUGGGGUGAAAGAGGCUGACUGGGGAGUGGGGGCUGCGCACCAAGAGAGUAAUCCGGUCCGGUCCGGUCCAGCCAGACCAACCUAAAACACUUCAUACUGUUUCCUCUCCAGUCCAAGUGAACACUGUCCAUGUAUAGCCCUCUCCUCCUCAUACCAUCUUUCAUCUUCUUGGGUAGCAGCAGCCCACAGCAGAUGACCUUUUAAACCUACGGAUGAACCCUGCAGUUUGAAACAGCUCUAUAAGCUCUGUCCCUCGCCAUGGAAAAAACGUCCACAUAUCUCCCAGGGUCACCAUUCUUGGAGCAGUUACAGAGGGUUAGGAUUAACUAGGAUGCACCAGUGUCUCUCCUUUACAGGAAAUUACUAGUUUUGUAUUCAAAAGUUGUGUUUUUUUUUUCUUUUUAAUUUUACACUUUGAAGCAUACUGUAUGUCUGCAAAGUUCGAUUACCUGUCUGUGAUGCUACGUGGUUAUAUUAUUAUUUUCACGUGUGUGUAAAAUUGGGCUGCUUUUGCAGGUUAGUUCAGCAGACUAAACUGUCUACCUUCUCGUAAAUCACAGCAGCUGGUUAUAUAGUGUCAUUUUUCUAACCAGGGCUGGCCAGAUGUUUAGUUUGCGUUUCAUGAUCAUGAAUGUAAAGGAGUGUUUAACACCUUGCAUGACUAGUAUAGGGGUCGGAUACAUGAAGGCUGUAUUAAUAUGAAGGAAAUAUUCCCCUGAUGGGGGAGUCUAACUGGGUUGGGCUCCAUACCCUGCUUUUACAGGAAGUUGGCUCCCCCUGUACAUUUUUUUUUUUUUUUAAAUUGCAAGAUGACCUGUGAACUGUAACAUGCUGCUUUUUAUUAACGGGACAAGCUCAUACUGAACAUGUAGAAUUCAUUGGAAUUUUAGAUUUGUUUUGUUGUUUUGCAAUUAAAUAUAAUGUAUGCUAAAAAAGUAUUUCUAUCCUAAAAUUAAUUGGCCAAAAAAUUAAGUGGUUUGUGUUGGCUUAAACAGAAACAUGAAGCAGUAUAUUAAUGAAGCCAGUGUAGUGUGCAGAUUUAAUGCCUGUUUCUGACAUAACCCAGAAAGCGCCUGUGCUUGGCCUGUGUUUCUUUUUGCAUAGUAUGGGUUUUGUUAGAUAUCAUGACUGUUGAAUUCAACAUGCAUCGUGGAUUACUUUGCCUAUCCUGAUUUUGGGCCGCACAAAGGUGCAGCCUUGGUGAGUUUGUCAUCAGAGUGUGUGACUCAAUUACCUUUUUUUUUUUUUUUUUUUUUUUUUUUUUUUUUUUUUUUUCUUUUUUCCCCUUGAUCUGCAAUCUCUCCACUUCCAAGGAAUGUGAGGUGCUGGGAACAAGAACAGCCUGUCAGCUUUACACUGGUGCCAAUAGCUGUCAUUAAUGUAUCCUGUUUGAUGUAAAGAAGCGCUGUUAAAAAGUGGUAUCAUUGCCCCUUUUGUAUUCCCAGAACUGCCCCUAUAGAGAGGGGUGAUAGACCCCACUGUAUGUACAUCCUUCCCCCUAUAGAGAAGGAUGACGGAACCCAGUGUGUGUACAUCAAUCCCCCCUAUAGAGAAGGAUGACAGACCCCACUGUAAAUAAAUCAAACCCCCCUAUAGAGAAGGAUGACAGACCCCAGUGUGUAUACAGAGCUGUGCAGGUUGCUGCUAAGCAUUCUUGUAUAGCCACAGCACGUUCCUGAUGUUAUCCUACUGCCUUGUGUUUUUGCUGAUUUGUAGAGGCGAGUGCUGCUCGUGACUCAUUAUGAAUGACACUGUCUAUCGGGUUACCAGCCUUGCUCACUUUUGUUUGCCAUACUAAUUAUUUUUACACCAUAUAGUAUUAUGGAGUUAUAUUUAUAACUCGCCAGCAUUAGGACACAAACAAGUCAGGUUUCAUUGUUUUAUUUUCCAGAUGAAUGAAGGAACUCCUAAAUGAAGUAUUAGUUUUAUGUAACUAAUGUAAAAACACAAGUUUUAUGUAAUUGUACAGUUUUAAGUAUAGUUUCACAAAAAAAUCGGCAGUUGACCUUGUGUAGAAAUAUGAAGUCUGAAGGUGUUUGUGUCUUUUAAAAAUAAGGUCUUCUGAAGUCGAUAUAUAAUGUAUGUAAUGUAUGUAGAUCUAGUUGAACCCGAGUCUUAAACUCCAGGUUGAAGGGCUAAUUCAGAACUUGCUGCAAAGCUUGAUCUCCCCUUUUUGAUGCCUUGAUGUCAAACAUGCAAAGCUGCCUUUUUUAAAGAGACUACAUGAGUGGGUUUUAAUUGUCCAAAUGGACAGCUGAGUUUCUACAUGUGGGCUAUUUCAAUUAAAAGGUGCUUCUGGCAAAGAAUGCAGACUGAGGCUUUUCCACAAACUGAUUUAAAAGGAGGCCCUACUUUAACAAUGCAACAUGUUUCUUUUUUUAAAUUCUUGAAUAAAGCAGUUGAUCUGUCCUUAGCCCUGGAGUCUGAGACUGCAAUAGAAUGGAGUAACACUGCUAGCUUUGCCUCAAAGUGCUCAUAGCACCAUUAGUUUUGUGCCGCCUGCGUCUGGGAAUAAGGGGUAUUGUCCCUUGUGUUUUUUAGACUGUAAAUGCAUUUAUUUUAAAAAAAUAAAAAUAAAAAAAAACAAUUUUUA